CCCGUAGUGUCAUGCUGGUGGCGGGCAUAGACGCAGCAAAGCCCAACUGUGGGCUGCACUAUAUUUUCCAGUCACAGCACUGUACAGUGCCCACCAGCCUGCAGUCACAGUGAGUCAACAGACACUUACGCUACCAGUCACAACCUCAACCCCCACUAAAAAAAAACUUUCGUCAGUCACCUUGACGGGCUGCCCAAAAUUUUUAGCGAUUAGAUAAAGAGGCGAGGGGUCUUUGUCUCCAGUCCAAACCGCCAGCUGUGAUAUUUCCUCUUGUUUCUUUACACAAACUCUCACACACACAAAUCAUGGCAGACGGAGAAACAAAUCUGGCCUCGCCGGCCGCUCCCCACGAGCCUUCCGUCACUAACACCAGCAGCACGCCCGCCGCUGCCAUAACCCAGUCCACGGCCGAUACCCCGCAACCGGACCAGGAAUUCGACGACGAUGACGAUCUUGAUGAUAUUUUUGAAGAGGACGAUACCCAAGAUUUUGACGAUGAUGACAUGUCCGGCACCACGGGCGACCUCACAAAGUCCUUCAAUCGCCAGCGCCAGCUCAACGCCAACGGUGGUGUUGCCAGAGCCAACCAGCAGAAGCCCACCAUGAACACUUUUGCCAGUGUCGACGACCAGGUCUCGGCUCUCUCCAAGCAUGCUGCCAAGAUUAGACUCGACGAUGUCAAGCAGACCGACGAAAAGACAAAGGACAAAGCCGACCGCGCCACCAACGAGCAGGUCUUGGAUCAGCGCACCCGAAUGAUUCUCCUCCAGAUGAUCAACCGUGGCUUUGUGAGCGAAGUACACGGUGCCAUCAGCACCGGUAAGGAAGCCAACGUCUACGGUGCCAUUUCUUACGACGACGAGUCUGGUGCUGUUGUCCACCGUGCUAUCAAGGUCUACAAGACUGCCAUUCUCGUCUUCAAGGACCGUGAGCGAUACAUUACCGGAGAGCACCGUUUCAAGGGCGGCUCGGAAAAGGGAAACAACCGCAAGAUGGUGAAACUCUGGGCCGAGAAGGAAUACAGGAACCUCCGAAGAAUCUAUAGCGCCGGCAUCCCUUGCCCGGAGCCACUUGCUCUGAAGCUGCACGUGCUCGUCAUGGGCUUCUUGGGAGACAAGAAGGGCUGGGCUUACCCUCGUCUGCGCGAUGCCAACCUGCAGGGCGACGAUGUUGACCAGCAGUGGAAGAACCUUUACAUUCAGCUCCUGGGUAUUAUGCGCCGUAUGUACCAGGUAUGCCGCCUCGUCCACGCCGAUCUGAGCGAGUACAACAUCCUUUACCACAAGAACCAACUCUACAUUAUCGAUGUAUCGCAAAGUGUGGAGCCUGAUCACCCUCGAUCGCUCGAGUUCCUUCGUAUGGAUAUCAAGAACGUCGGUGACUUCUUCCGCAGAAAGGGUGUCGAGACUCUCUCGGACAGAGCCAUCUUCAACUUCAUCACCGCCUCUGAGGCUGCUGUUGAGGAACCAGCCAUGUCGGAAGCCAUUGCUAAGCUUUACGAAAUUCACGAGACUGCUGCCGACGACGAUGCUGCCGCUCAAGAAGAAGUCGAUACCGAAGUGUUCAGAAACCAGUAUAUUCCGCAAACCCUGGAGCAAGUCUAUGAUAUUGAAAAGGACGCUCAGCGAGUCAAGCAGGGCCAGGGCAAGGAUCUUGUUUACCACAACCUGUUAGCUGAUCAGGUUGUCAAAGACGGUAACAAGAAGGAUGGUGAGGACGCUGAGGAGGACAAGGAAGACGAAGGCUCUGACGAUAGCGAUUCUGACGACGGAGCUUCGCUGGAUAGCGGUAGUGAGGUUGACGAGAGCCUGUUUGAAAAGGGUACUCCUCGUGGCCGUCGCUUCGAAGACAAGGACGAGAAGAAGCAACACAAGCUAGCAGUCAAAGAGGCAAAGCGCGAGAAGCGCAAGGAGAAGAUGCCCAAGCACCUCAAGAAGAAGAUCGUUUCUAGCACUUCUCGUCGCAAGAAGUAGAGCACUUCAGCAAACGAGUCAAAGGAAAAAAAAAGUAAAAUACUAGAAAACAUAGACAGUGCAUGGUUACUCGGUCCGCUACAGGAAUAUUCAUCAAAAGCGUUGCAUUUUUUAACGACCUCAAGGGUCUAGGUCGCAUUUCAGUCGAAUGAUGAGGACAAAUCGCCGCCUCGAGCAUUUGGGAGACAUCAUAUCUUGGCUGUGUUAGCUGUCUCUUGGCCAGUAAACCGUCGGAAUAGUGUCAUUUCCCUCCAAGGUGCAAAACGUGCGGUCUGAAGGAUGCGGCUACAACUGUAGCCAAUCUUGACGAUCAAAGAGAGCCCUGACGACUGUUGUGUAUAUAAGAGAAAAUAUAAAAGUAUCAUAUGCCCGAACAUACCAUAACACCGAUUCCUUCAUUAACUACGUGACUGUACAUUUGAUUUACAUCCCAUUCCUAGAAAUAAAACUGUUGAUUGG